UGCACACAAUCGAAAAGUUAUACUACCAUAUACAAGUGUGUUUAAAAAAAGUGAAAAAAUAAAAUAAACAAAUACAAAAUGUCGGAUACCGCUGUUGUUGAAAAUACUGGCUCUCCUGUUGCUGCCGCUCCAGCUGCUGAGAAAAAGGCUAAAAAAACUACUACUCCCAAGGCAAAGAAACCAUCUACUGUGCCAUCUCAUCCUCCAACUCAACAAAUGGUUGAUGCUGCUAUUAAAACUUUAAAGGAACGUGCUGGUUCAUCUCUUUCUGCUAUUAAAAAAUAUAUUGCCAGUACUUAUAAGGUAGAUGCUCAAAAAUUAUCGCCUUUCAUAAAGAAAUAUUUAAAAAGUGCCGUAGAUAGUGGAAAAUUAAUUCAACCAAAAGGUAAGGGUGCUGCUGGUUCAUUCAAAUUGUCAGCAGCUGCCUCCAAAGAGCCAAAAGAAAAGAAGAAAAAUUAA